GCUUCAACAACCGCUAGGACACUGCAUUGUGUCUUCCCGUCCACUGAGCAUGUCCUCAGUAAGUGAAUAUUUGGAGAAUACACUUGAGGAGUGCGGAGGACUCGGACGUUUUCAAUGGCUUCUUAUUGCCAGUAUAAUUGGCGGGAAAAUUUCAAUAACAUGGACAACAUUAAUGAUGUCAUUUGGUGGUGCUAUACCGGAUUGGUCAUGUCAGUGGGGAAAUGAUACAACUAUAUUACAAAAUAUAACUAUAGAAUCAAAGACUUGUCACCCCCCACAAAAUUACAGCGACCUUGCUUGUGUCAGAAAGGUUUACGACGACUCUAUGCAUACAGUCGUAAAUCAGUGGAAUUUAGUAUGCGACCGAGACUGGAUAACUCAAACAUUCACCACCAUUCAAAUGGGAGGACUGUUAGUGGGUGGUUUAAUAGCCGGACAAGUGGCUGAUAUCAUUGGCAGGAAACCUGCAUACUUCAUAUCCAUGUUUUUCUUGUUAUUAUUUAAUCUCGUGGCAGCAUUUUCAUCGAACUGGCAAAUGUUUGCCGCUUUUAGAUUUUUAAUUGGAUUGGCAAGUGGGUUCUAUUUGUCUGUGUUCUUCGUAUUUGUGGCAGAAUUCAUGCCUCGGAAAUAUAGAUCCAUGAUAAUGGCGAUCCCGGCAUGGCCGAUUUGGGCAGCAGCGUUUGGAGGAGUUUCAUACUUGAUACAUGAUUGGAAAUAUCUGCAUAUAGCCACUGCUGUUGUGACUGUUCCAUUUCUGUUUACCUGGUGGUUUAUCCCAGAAAGUUUUAGAUGGUUAGUUGCAAAUGAUCAAAUUGAAAAAGCAGAGGAAGUUAUCAGGAAAAUAGCCCGUAUCAAUAGAGCACCAGUACCGGACACAUCCAAACUUAAAAUGGUGGUAGAAAAUUCAAUAUCUCAUAAUAACAAAAAGUAUACAUUUCUGGAUAUAUUUCGUAACCCGGACUUCUUGAAAAAGACCAUACUCUUAGCUGUAUCCUGGAUAUCAUUUGGAUAUGGUUACUAUGCGAUAGCAUUUGGUGUGCAGCAGCUUUCUGGAAGUUUGUAUCUGAACAUGUUUCUUCUUAGUAUUGUGGAAAUUCCAUCACAGGUCAUAACAUAUUUCUUAAAUAAUUGCAUGGGAAGAAAAUGGACGACAUUUAUGUUUCUAGUCUUAGCAACGGUAUCAGGAACAGUUGUAGGUGUUGUGCAAAUGGUUGAUAUACCAGCGAAAGAUGGACUUAUCAACGGAUUUGCCAUGGCAACAAAGCUAUUCUUAGCAGCAGGAUGGUGUGCAUUGAUGUUAUUAACGACAGAAUCGUUCCCAACAGUAGUUCGGAACAUGGGUUAUGGUAUACAAAACUCAGUAACACGAGUAGGAAGCAUGGUGGCUCCACAAAUCGUAUAUUUAAGUCAGCAUAUAGAUGGGCUGAUGUACUUCCUAGUAGGAGCACUCAUGUUCCUAUCUGCCAUCUGUUUACUUGGCAUUCCAGAGACAAGAAAUAAAAUUCUGAGUGACACGAUCGAGGACAAGAAACACAAACAAUAUCAGAAAAACAAUCAAGAGGAAAAAUCUAAAGACUUUGUUUUACGUGAUCGCUAAUUUCAUUUA